CACACGCAGCGACGUCGUUUACUGAAUUCCGUCGGGUGAUGUUUAUAAUCAAAAUUAUCACCAAAGCGGAACAGGAAAUAUAGUUGACAAGCAUGUCGACCGAAUCCCUCAUCAACGCCACCUCAACGACAACUACCACUCCACAAGACAAACGACACCGUUCAAUUUUCGACCUCUCACCGGACUUCUUCGAAUCUUGUCGUUUACUAUCUCCCUCUACAACUUUAUCAUCAGAGUACGAAACCAGCUUCGAGGAUUCCUCUUACAAAACCCUUGACGACACCGAUGGUUAUGUUGAAGAAGACAAAAACUCCAAACAAGGUGUCGGUUUAAACAGAUGGACAUGUAAUACUUGUAAGACGGAGUUCGAGUCUCUUCAGGACCAGCGUCAGCACUUCAAAUCCGAUGUUCAUCGUUUCAAUGUAAAGCUAACCCUUGCUGGUAAGGAUAUUGUGAAAGAGGAAGAUUUUGACGAAUUGACAUCUGAUUCUCUUAAAGACUAUGAUGUUUCUAGUAUAUCAGGAUCUGAAGAUGAAACUGAUAAGGUACCCCACCGCAACAAUGAUGGACAUGGGGAAUUGGUUGAAAGUGUUUGGAAGAAGUUGUUUAUCUAUCUUAAGAGCGGAGAGCGAGUUUCCAUUUGGAAAUGUUUGCUAUUGAAUGAGUCUGAAAGUGUUUCAUAUGAGAAUGAUAAAGCAAUUUCUGUCAAUAACAAUGGGUUCUUGGGAGAGAGUGAAGUGAUUGAGAGAUUGAAGAUUUUGAGUCAUGAGCCUAGAGAUAAUACUCAGUUUAGGGUUGUGUUACUUGCAAGAGGUGGUCAUUUUGCUGGCAGCAUUUUUGAUGGUAACUUGGUUGUGACUCACAAAACAUUCCACAGAUACGUUGUGAGGGCCAAGGCUGGUAAGAAACAGUCAUCAAAGGAUGCAACUGGAAGGGCUGCACAUUCAGCUGGAGCUUCUCUUCGACGACAUAACGAACUUGCUUUAAAGAAGGACAUUCAAGAACUUCUUACAUCUUGGAAGCGUUAUUUUGAUGCAUCCAUUUGUGUGUUCGUUUAUGCUCCUUCAACAAAUCGUCAACUACUUUUUAAUGGAGAUAAACCAUAUUUUAGUCAUCAGAGGUGUGCUAUUCAAAAUGUUCCAUUGACUGUUCGGAGGCCUACUUUCAAGGAAACACAGCGUAUAUAUAAGCAAUUGACACAAGUUGCCUAUGAAGUGGAUGAAAAGGAUAUUUCACCAUGCACUAAUGAGGAAUUAAAUUUAAGUGCCGACUCCAUUAGCAAUAGUGUCCCAAUCUCCAGCAAAGAGGACUUGGGGGACAACUUAGAUUUUAAGAAAACUUCUGAAGCUUUGAGCUGCAAAAAAAUUGAUGAACAGUGUAUGUCAAGUGAGAGUGAAAAUGAAGUUAUUGGCACAUCAACAGCUUUACAUGAAGCAGCACAGGCUGGCAACAUUCAGAAGGUUUUGGAGCUCCUAGAACAGGGUUUGGAUCCUUGCAUCAAAGAUGAAAGGGGACGCACUCCAUAUAUGCUGGCUGGUGAUAAGGAAGUUAGGAAUGCUUUUAGACGGUUCAUGUCCUCAAACCUUAAUAAAUGGGAUUGGCAUGCUGCUAAAGUACCUAGUGCAUUGACAAAAGAAAUGGAGGAAUCUCAAGCUGCUAAACAGGCAGAGAAAGAUGCCAAGCGCAAAGCAAGAGCUAAAGAAUUAAAGAAAUUACGUAGAGCAAGAGAAAAGAAGGCCCAGGCUGAGGCUGCCCUGUCGCAAAAUGCUCCAGCAGUUGUAGAUAACCGCUCAACACCAUCUGCAGUUAUAAAAGGACAAUCUGGUGGAUCACGCAUCUCUGAAGAGGAGGAACUGAAGAGACGACAGGCUGCUGAGAGAGAAAAAAGAGCGGCUGCUGCUGAGAGGAGAAUGGCAGCAGCUGCUGCCCUCAGUACUCAAGGCAAUAGUCCAACCACCACUGGAGCAAGCCCUUCACAAACCAAAACAGGGUUAGCAACUGACUUUAACUGCUCAUGUUGUGGUGCAUCAUUAGCCGGUAAAGUUCCUUUUCACAGGUAUAAUUACAAAUACUGCAGCUCAUCGUGCAUGCAUGUACACAGAGAGAUCCUUGAGGAUGGAUAAUGAAAACAAUUUCAGAAUUUAUUUUGUAAUUUUAAUAUUAUUUUUCACUCACGUAUCAUUGCGUCGCUCAUUUAUAUGACAUUUUAGAGCAUUUGCUUGCCUUGGCAUGAUAUUCUUGCCACAUAAUCUUUACAUAUAAGGAUGAUGCUUGAGUUUGCCA